GGAAGCAUCGUUUACUUUCCCCAAAACCUUUCUGAUUGCUCAUGUCAACGAACCAUACACUACUUUCGGCAGUGAUAUUAUGCGUCUAGAGAGGGUCUGAGCUGCUCAUGACGUGCGGGGAAGCGGAGAGACCUGCCAGCAGGAUGGAGGGGCCCCCAGUUGUUGUUAUAUGUGAUAGCUAAUUGUCCCCAUAGAGAGGGUGCUUGAACUGGCGAGAAGGGUCGCUAUAUGUACUUCUAGAAUCUACCUUUCUCAUCCUAUCGUUUAAAAAGCAAGGCUGGUGUGGCCGAUGUUGAUUGCGCUGGCUGGUUGGCCUGGCUGCUUGUGGAGCGGGCAGGCACUGCGUAUGAGCUGCGUCACUGGUCUUGAGCGCAUUCUCGGAAGCCGAUAGGCUCACCAUCGAAUGUUCUACAACCUGCUGCCCACAUCCUGCCCACGUCGCAGCCACUCCGGCCAGGUGCACACCACAGCUUCCCUCCCCGCCAAGGCAUUUCCUUACUUACUGGCCUUUGUUCUUCCCGGUUUUUCUGUGCCUUCUCUCCUCCCUAAGUUUCUUUGUGAUAGCCUCAUUGAACGUUUGUUUGACCCAGUGAAGUAUUUUUGGCUUCUUCCUUGUAACACAAUCCAUUUCGACCUCGACGGAACUGCUUCGCAAAGAAAGAAAGACCCCUCCGCUUCUUUGUUGACCACGCGAGAUCAACGAACUUUCCCCCCCCUCGACGAGUGUUACAGCUCAUCCAUUCUAGCUGCAACUAGCGACCCGUGCAGCGAGCGAACCAGCAGUCUAGUCCUUUCACCCACUUUCACCCACUCUAUUUACUCCAUUCAGCUGCAAGCAAGAAAGCAUUUCCUGCCAACCCAACUCAUCAGGAGUCUCUUCCCUUUUGCGCCAGUACCUAUUUCCCCGACCAACCCCCCGUUCCCCCCCAAACCCACAUCUCUUUCCCGCAACAACAAACAUCACCAUCGUCACUCCAUCUUGCCAACCGAUAUAACCGCACCGACAACCACAUAAAUCACCAAAAAUGGUCAAAGAGACUAAACUCUACGACCUCUUGGGUAUAUCCCCUACCGCAAAUGCAGACGAGAUUAAGAAGGCCUACCGGAAAGCCGCUCUAAGAUGGCACCCCGACAAGAACAAGGACAACCCGGACGCUGCCGAGCGCUUCAAGGAGUGUGGCCAGGCCUACGAAAUCCUCUCUGACCCAGAAAAGCGAAAGCUCUACGACCAGUUCGGCCUCGAGGUGCUUUUGCGUGGUGGUGCCCCGCCUCCGGAUGCUGGACCUGGACCAGGCCCGAACCCAUUUGCUGGAGCUGGCGCUGGCGGUAUGCCCGAGGGCUUUGCUUCCUUCUUUUCGAACGCAGCUGGCGGCGGCGGCGGUGGCGGCACGCGCUUCUCGUACGGCUUCAACUUUAGCGAUCCGAACGACCUCUUCCGGAACACCUUCCGCGAGAGCAGUGGUGGCGGCGAUCCGUUUGAGGAUAUUCUGUUUGGUGCUACGAGGGGUGCUUCUGCUGGCAGGUCACGUGGGCCUAGGGGGUCUUUUGGAUCUGAAAGCAUGAGGGCCAGGCAGCCGACGCCAGAGGUGACCACGGUGGAGAGGCCGCUGCCGCUUUCGUUGGAGGAUCUCUUCAAUGGCGUGACCAAGAAGAUGAAGAUUAAGCGCAAGACUUUUGAUGAGACUGGGAAGCGGAUAACGACGGAUACGGUGCUGGAGGUGCCCAUCAAGCCUGGUCUCAAGAAGGGGAGCAAGAUUAGGUUUAAGGGUGUCGGUGAUCAGGAGGAGGGUGGGCAGCAGGAUUUGGUGUUUAUUGUUGAGGAGAAACCCCAUCCGCUUUUUGCCCGUGAGGGCGACGACAUCGUUCACACGAUCGACCUGGAUCUCAAGGAAGCCUUGACGGGCUGGAAGCGGCAAGUGACGACGAUUGAGGGCAAGAACCUCAACAUUGACAAGGCCGGCCCGACGCAGCCCGGCAGCUCGGAUACCUACCCCGGACUAGGUAUGCCAAUCUCGAAGAAGCCCGGCCAGCGCGGCAACUUUAUCGUUAGAUAUAACGUCAAGUUUCCCAUGACGUUGACACCAACGCAAAAGGCAAAGUUGAAGGAGAUUUUGUGAUUUUGACACACAAAAAGCAAAUCUCUGAGACUGGCUCUUUGGGGAUUCACACCACAUCUCGGUCAACAGCACAUAUGAUCAUUGCAUCAUGAUAUGGGGCGUUUGGGUGAUUUUUUUUUCCAGUCAAGUGUGUCUUUGUUUUAUGUCUUGUGUGUUUUUAUUUUUUCGUGGCUUUCACACGAGCAAACCAAUUUGGCAUUUGUAUGUACAGGAAGGCUGGUUGGUUGGUGGUGGUGUUGUUGGUGGCGGUGGUGGUUAAGAGAGAGCAAAUUGAUAUCAUGGGGAGGUUUUAGGUUGGGCGUGGUGGAUACAUACAUUGAAUCAGUGUGGAUAAGGGGAAGAAGAAGGGGAGGAGGAUAAUAGGUAGAUAUUCUUUGCUCGUGGUGGAGAGGGGAAUAAUACAGUGUUAU